UGACGUGAGGCCAGUAAACACACUUCCUUCUACUCCCGCGAUGAUUUCAUCGUUGAUGCAAAUGACAGAUAUGAACCCUGCAGUUUUUGAAGUUUAAAAUCAAGCAGAAACAUUGAAGAUGUCUGAUUCGAGGAGAAGGUCUAGAGGGAAUCAAGAAGAGUCAGCAGGAACAUCCAAUGGAUUGGGUGGACAGAACAGGCCAGAGAGACCUGGUGAUAUGGGUGAUGAAGAUGACAUUGGUGCAGGACCCUCAGGUAUUAGUGAGGAAGAUAAUGAUCCAACACGCAGGAGAGAGAUCAGGAGCAAGUACAGGGAUCUGAUCAAUCAAGUCCAGCAAAAUCGUGAGGACAUGCUGAACCCGGCAAACAAUAAACUCACUGAUGUUUUAGAAGAGGCCAACAAACUAUUUGCCAAUGUGAGGCAGGCUCGUGAAGCAGCACUGGAUGCUCAACUCCUGGUACUAGCCACUGAUCUGGGGAAGGAAAAGGCCAGCCAGCUACAUGCUGAAGGCUCUGCGUUUGACCCGUCUGCAUUUGCAGAACAUUUGUUGUCCUUCAUGGGUCUGAAUCGUUUGGAGGAUGAAAGCGGUCAGGAUGAGAACUUGGAGGGAUAUUUACCACAAGGCGCCUGGCAAAGGCUUGCAAAGAGAUCUGAGUACUGCUUCAAAACAGCCCCCUCAUUCCACUACAUGUUGGGCUCAUUUUUGGCAGAGCCUCCUCCGCCACGGCAGAGAGUUGAAAGACAAAGGAAAGCACCCAGCAAAGAGGCAAAACGAAUUAUGCCCACCCAGCUGAAGAAAAUGGAAGAAUCUCACCAGGAGGCAACAGAGAAAGAGGUUGAAAGAAUUCUUGGAUGUCUGCAAAGUUACUUUGCUGAUGACUCUGAGGAACCCAUUUCAUAUUACGAGUUCGUCAUUGACCCCAACUCCUUCUCCCGGACUGUGGAGAACAUCUUCCACACGUCUUUUCUCAUAAGGGAUGGUCUGGUGAGAAUGUACUUGGAUACAGAUGGGCUUCCUUGUAUAGCUCCAGUAGAGGAAGGUGAGAUAGAGCCUGGUGGAGCUGCUGUCCGACAUCAAUGUGUCAUCUCCAUCAACCAGGAAAGCUGGAGGGAAAUCAUCGAUGCCUUUGAUAUUAAGGAAGCUUUGAUCCCCGCUCCGGAAGUUUUGUCUCAGUAAAUCUAAGUUGGAGGAUAGUUAGCGACAACUGCCAAAAUGCUUAUAAAAUAAAAACUGUUUUCUUCUUUUUAUAUUUUUUUAAUAUUUGGGAUCUCAAUUUUAAGAGUGAUGUCUUUGAAUUCUGUAUAAAGUGUAAUAAAAUUGUGUCUAAUACAA